AUGGCGACUUUCUUCCUCAGCCUCAGCAGCCAGCCGCUCUGCCUGGCCAUUUUCGGGGCUGCCCUGUUUAGGCGCAUCAGCUACCAGGUGCCGGCCUAUGAUACGAAAAACAUUGAAAUGUACGAGGGCUUUGCACAGGAGUUUGAGGAUAUUGCGGUGGGCAUGGUCGGUGCCUGUGAGGAGCAGGAUGCGGUAAGAGGCUUUUUGCCUGCUGCUCUCCCUCGAGCAGGCAUUUAA